CACGUGGGCCUUGCGCUCCGGAAGUGUGGCGGGCCGGGGCCGCGUGCGCUCGGGCGAGAAUGCGGGUGAAGGUGCUGAGCCGGAACCCGGACGACUACGUGCGCGAGACCAAGCUCGACUUGCAACGCGUUCCAAGAAACUAUGAUCCUGCAUUACACCCUUUUGAAGUUCCACGAGAGUAUGUGCGGGCACUGAAUGCAACUAAACUAGAACGUGUGUUUGCAAAACCUUUACUUGCUUCGUUGGAUGGCCACAGGGAUGGGGUUAACUGCAUGGCCAAGCAUCCAAAAAGCUUGUCUACAGUGCUUUCAGGGGCUUGUGAUGGAGAGGUUAAAAUUUGGAACUUGACCAAGCGACAGUGCAUCCGUACCAUACAAGCACAUGAAGGCUUUGUGCGAGGGAUGUGUGCCCGCUUCUGUGGUACUUCUUUCUUUACUGUGGGUGAUGAUAAAACUGUAAAACACUGGAAAAUGGAUGGUCCAGGAUAUGGGGAAGAAGAAGAACCAAUACAUACAAUUCUUGGAAAGACAGUGUACACAGGAAUUGAUCAUCACUGGAAGGAAGCCAUAUAUGCUACUUGUGGGCAUCAAGUUGACAUCUGGGAUGAACAAAGGACCAGUCCUAUAUGCUCUCUGACAUGGGGUGUUGAUAGCAUAAGCAGUGUGAAAUUUAAUCCAAUUGAGACAUACCUUUUAGGAAGCUGUGCUUCGGACAGAAAUAUUGUGUUGUAUGACAUGAGACAAUCAACUCCAUUAAAGAAGGUUAUCUUGGACAUGAGGACAAAUACACUCUGCUGGAAUCCCAUGGAAGCAUUUAUUUUUACUGCAGCGAAUGAAGACUACAACUUAUAUACUUUUGAUAUGCGCUUUCUGGAGACGCCUGUAAUGGUGCACAUGGAUCAUGUGUCUGCUGUUCUUGAUGUGGAUUAUUCUCCCACUGGGAAAGAAUUUGUGUCCGCCAGCUUUGAUAAAUCUAUUCGCAUUUUUCCAGUAGAUAAAGGUCAUAGCAGGGAGGUAUAUCAUACAAAGCGAAUGCAGCAUGUCAUCUCUGUGAAGUGGUCCUUUGACAAUAAGUACAUUCUGUGUGGGUCAGAUGAGAUGAACAUUCGUCUGUGGAAAGCUAAUGCUUCUGAAAAACUGGGUGUGCUUGCCCCGCGAGAGAAAGCAGCUAUGAAUUACAACCAAAAGCUGAAGGAGAAGUUCCAGCACCAUCCCCAAAUCAAGCGCAUAGCUCGUCACCGUCACCUACCCAAAGCCAUCUAUAGCCAGGCCAAGGAGCAACGUGUCAUGAGGGAAGCUCGUCGGCGAAAGGACUUGAAUCGCCGUAAGCACAGCAAGCCAGGAUCCUUGCCAUUUGUGUCGGAGAAGAAAAAGCAUGUUGUGGCUGUUGUGAAAUAAACCUUUGCAGGUUUACAGCUUUGGAUGUUAAUUUUGUUUGUUUAAAAUAAUCACAUUUGUAAAAUGGUUGGAGGCACCAGCUUUGAUUGAUGUGACUUCUAAUGGAUCACUUUUCUUCUUUAUAGAGCCCCACAAAUUCUUAGCUUAUUAUCCAAUUUGGGGAAUUAUAAGCAGCCCCUACACAGUCUUCUAGCCAAACAUACAGUUAGCAUAAAUAUGCCUGGGGCAAUCUGAAUACUUUUUUGUGUAGUUUUGCCCUCCUAAUGCAGGUGGGAGUUUGCCCAGAGAGCAGUGUACCAGUGAUGCUGACUCUACUUUUUCAUUUUUUUCUGUGGCAAAUAAAGUAGUAUCAUCUCAUAGUAGAAAUUGCAGGCCAUGUUUUUAAAGGCUAACUUUGUAUUAGAAAAACCGUCUUCAUUAGUUAUUUUUUGUACAAUAAGGACAGAUCAUGAUUAUGCUCAAUGACAGUACAUUGCACUGCAAUGUGUUGUUUUUUUCCCCUUUGUUUAUAAGGGAUUCAACCAGACUGUCUCAGGCCAAGGACGUAAUAGGGUUUUGUUGUGUACGAACCCUUCUGUGGAUAUGGGACUUGUCAAAACCUAGGAGUCAAGAUAUUGUGCUAAUAGUAAUAGAGAUGUUGAAAACAUGUCUGUACUUUUCAAGCAAAUUAAAACAUCUUAAAAUGA